AGCGUCGUCGAGAGCGAAAGCUCGAGAGCAUCAGCAUCCCUCUUGGCCCCCUCUGUCGGUCGACGACAGUCAGAUCUCUCUUCAAGCAAGCUAUGGUCGUCCGCUAGACAUCUCUCUCCGACCUCCGUGUCCCCGACAUGUACGUCCGCGUAAAAACGUGAUGACAACCGAGGAGGGUCUGAGACGCUCCUCGGCGAGGCUCCUCUCAAGAUGCAUCGCCCAUCUCCAUCCCUUCUAGGUCAGCGUUGGGAUCACACGAACACGCUGCGAUGGAUCAGGCCAGAUGGACACGCCUGUCCGUGAUCGAAGAGCGUGACAGCGAACAGCAGCACAUGCAGUCACUUCCUUCCACUCCGACGACUGAGAUCGAAUUUGGAGUGGCCGUGACGGGCUCGGAGCAGUAUCACGACACUGAGCAAGGCAGACUCUCCAAAGACGAUGUCCAAGUCAACGACGCCGACGUGAGAGACCGUCAUUUCGAUGGCAACAGUGACACGAGUCAUCUCUCAUGCCUUGGUGAUCUCGACGCAACCGCUUACUCCACCUUUCUCUCGAGCAAGCUGGGAGAUCGCAACGCCUACGACUCGACUCUCUCCUACUACGGUCCAACAAACGGCUCCCUCUCGUCUGCCGACAACUCACCUAGCGGCUCGCUCGCUUCGACGAGCUCUCGCAAUUCUGUCGCUAUGGAGCCCGGCACGCCUCGAUUGGCCUCUCCAGCGAUCUUCGAUGAUCAGUCGAGCUUCUCCUCGUCCUCUGCAGAUCAAUACUACGGUCGGAUCAGAGCAGUCGAGCCCGCCUAUCUCUCGCCCCCUGCCGAGCGCACCGGCCUCCGACGUCCGUCACCUGAUCAGCGAGGCCGUCAUGUCCAACAGGGCUCCGUCGCCCCUGCUGGUCUGCCGUCAUCUCUGCCCAGACAGCAGCAGAACUACCUCGUCACUCGAGGCCAGGAAGAGUACCACCGCAACAAUCCUACAAGACGCGAGGGCGAAGCACCUCGGCCUGCCUUUAUGCUCGAAGACGAACGUCUCAGGAGACCGUUCGAUCCUGCUGCACAGGCGGCCAAGGACUCCGCGCUUGCUAUGCGGCCCGACAGGCUCGAGUUUGAACCAGGGCUACAAGCUCUAUCCGGACAGCUCUCGCCAGGUCAUCCGCCAAGAGCUUCAGCUCAUUCAUCCCCCCGAGGCUCUCUGACCGCUCACUCCCGCGAGGAUCUCGUCCGUCAUGAGACCGCCGCCCAGACGAGCGAAUAUACAUUCUCCCAUCGUGUCGCACUUUCGACGAAGAUCGGCAAGAGCAUGGGCAAGGCGUUCAAGAAAUCUGAGCGGAAGCUUCUGACCCACACGACAACCCAAGCAAUCGAGAAGCCUCAAUCAAGCCUAUGGUACGACGGGCCGGAGAGCGAUGACGACAUGCACGAUCCUGGUGAGAUGCCGCCUCCGUUCGGGUGGGAGAGACGCAUCGCAGAAGGUCCCGGCUUUGGCAAGAGGUCAUACCUCUCGUGGCGCGGCUUGCAGAAUUGGCUGGGCCUCUUUGCCAUCGCGGCCUGGCUGGUCACAUUGUUCUUGGGCAUGCCUCUCUAUCUGGGCUUGACGGGCAAGCUAUGAGAUCUAGUGAGUUGCGCCAGAAUACAAUGCAACAACAAUGCUUGAGAUCAUACCGGCACUUGCCCUGCGUCACGACCAGCCACGCCGCCGAGCAGGCGUUGACC